AUGAAAUCCGUGAAACGUCUGGCGAAUUUUCAAUCACUUUUCAAUGAUGCGGUUGAGCAAGUCCGAAGCGCGCACACAGUCACUUUACGAUGGACCCCGGUCGAAAGUUUGGACGUGGAUCGUCUGGGAACCGAGUUGGAACAGGUUCAAUCAUUCUACGAGGCUUGUGAACCGUUGACUGUGUUGCUUAAUAAUCUGGACCGACAGCUUGUACAGUUUCGCGAUUCAGCGGUCACCAUCGAUCCGGGAGUUAUUACGCAACAGACAGCAUUGCGUAACGAUUUCGAUCAAGUCCGACUGAUCACCGAGAGUCGAAUUCAUGCCAUCAAUCAAACAAUCGCUUCCCUACGAGCUCCACCGCAGCGUGUAUCCACUCUAACUAGGACACCGUCACAUCGUCAAACCCAGGCACCCGGUGUGCGCACCCCGAUUCAAGAUGGUGCACAAGGCGCCGUGACAAUUAGCCCUCCCCUGGUGAAACCGACUGUCCCUCUAAGUGAUUCUGUUUCAUCCCCGUGGGAACGAUGCGUCCACCCGUCCGGCACUCAAGUUCCAUACUAUAGAAAGUAA